GAGAGGAGAGGAAGAGAGAAAAGACAAGCGAGACUUGGCAAGGCUCUAUCGCGGCUCCCUUUGUCUGUGUGUUCGGCUUUGCGCUGAGGAAAUCAAAAAUACCAAGGGUGCAGGAGCUCUGCUUCAAUGCUAAAAAACAAAACCGGACCAAAAAAAAAAAAAAACGGCUGAAAUAUUUCAGGAGCAGGGGUUGACGGGCGCGAUUUGUGUAACAAAUAUGCAGUUUACUAAAUGAUUUCUGCAAAACUACUGUGUCUUUUUCUCCCCCCGCCCUGAGGGGGAAGUUGUCUGAGCCAAGAGAUGACCAGGUUGUUUGAAAAUCUUUGUUUUUCAGUUUUUUUUUUUUGUUGGUAAUUUCAUAAGCGCGAGAUGUGGCGUCUGUUUGUUUCUGUUCUCCCACACAAAAGGAGCCUCAAAGUCAUUUUGGGUUUUUUCGAGACCAAGGACUGCCAAAAUCGUCGCAGCCAAACAAAUGGCAAGAAAAAAAAAAAGUUUGUUUUCUUUUGUUUCCGCUCCUGUCUUUACCAGCCGGACCGACGUAAGUUGUUGUCGCCCUCCAAAGUUCAGCGACUGUCAUAUUUUGAGCUCUCCAACCAGGUGACAGCUUCCAAAGGGGGUCGACUGACUGCUUGGACCACUGAAAGAAAGUUGAUUGACCUUCGCAAACGGACCCAAUCCAUGUGAAAUCCUCCUCAAGUCAGAAGUGUUACCAGAGAAACAAAGCGCGGCUUGAAGCUUCAUUCAGGUGUCGCCGGGUCCCUAGGAUUCAACCGUACCUUACAGAAUGACAACGUGAAGACAACUCUCACGAGUCCUCACUGUAAAAGGGACAGCUCUGUUUUGCUUUGUCCCAUCAGCAGUCAACAGCUCGAUGGAUUCUGUGUAGCAUAUUGUGGUGAUAGAGUCGCCACUUGCUGCCUCACUGAUGGACAAUGGUUUGGAGAUCAGAAGGCCCGAAAGCUUUUUUUUCGCCCUUCCUUUUGUAGCAUCUUCUUUUUUGAGACGAAGCCUUCGGACCCUCAGAAAUCGGAUUGUGGUAUCCGCUAUUAGAAGACUCCUGCGAAGCACCACGUUAAUGGAAACAGAACCGUGCCACCGUUCCCUGAGGGGCUGCAGACGGCUGUGUUCGGCAUGGGCUGCUUCUGGGGGGCGGAGCGGAAGUUCUGGCGGCAGAAGGGCGUGUACUCCACCCAGGUGGGCUACGCGGGCGGGAUCACGCCAAACCCCACCUACAAGGAGGCGGACGCAGGUAGAACGGGCCACGCCGAGGUCGUCCGGGUGGUGUUCGACCCUGCAAAAGUGAAAUACACAGAUCUUCUCAAGGUGUUCUGGGAGAACCAUGACCCUACGCAAGGGAUGCGGCAGGGCAACGACCACGGCGCCACCUACCGAUCCGCCGUGUACACGCGCUCAGGAGAGCAGACGAGCUCCGCCCUCUCCUCCAAAGAGGAGUACCAGAAGGCGCUGACUGGGGAGGGGUUCGGCCCGAUCACCACGGAGAUCCGCGAGGGCCCGGAGUUCUACUACGCCGAGGACUACCACCAGCAGUACCUCAGCAAGAACCCGGGCGGCUACUGCGGGCUUAGCGCCACCGGGGUCUCCUGUCCAAUAGGACUGAAGAAUUAAGUGAUUGACAGGUCUGGGGAGGAGUUCGCCUUAAGUUAUCAAAUGCAACCGUACAUCAGAUCUUUAUUUUAGGUUAAUAUUCAUCCUUAAUGCAGGGUACUGCACCGUAGCAGAUCACUCUAAAUUUUUCAGCGCACAAACGCAAUAAAAAAUCUUUUAAUUUAAUUUUGACUCAGGUAUUUCAGCUACCAUUUCCUCAAUUUUGGUUUAAAAUAAAUACUUCUGUAUUUGCAUAUAUGUAUGUGCUAAAUAAAUAAACUAAAUAAACAAACACUAAAUAAA